UCGCUCUUCUUCCUUCAGUCGGUGGUGAGUCUUUGUGUGGGCUGGGUGUGUGUGACGCCGCCUCCUUCUCUCUCUCUCUCCCUCACUCACUCACUGGCUCACUCUACCUCGCGGCUCAGAAGUGGCAGACAAACCCGGCAGUUCUUGAGUUCUUCUACUUGUUAUUUCGCCAAGGGAGAGGAGAGAGGAAGAGGUGCAGAGGAAACACUCGCAAUAACGUGAUAUGACAGAAGCACACGCGCCUGCACAUGAAGACGAGCUGAAGUGAGAGAAGCACUUCACUAGUGGACUUAGCGCUGGGUGUCCGUGUGUGCAAGUGUGAGAAAAGUGUGUACACGCGCCUACUGUGUGUGCUUGCGUACCAUGAGCCGUACACGCACCUAGACAGCACGCACACACAACACACACACACACACACACACACACACACACACACACACACACACACACAGACACACAGACACAGACACACAGACACACACACACAAGGAUCGACGACCUGAAGUGACUGCCCAUCAUCUUCAGCGUCGCCGUCAGAAUGUCUACCCCCGCCAGCAGGUCGAGGGGCCUGCUGCGAGUGGCGUGCCUGUUUGUGUGCCUGUCCGUGGCCGCCUCCUUCCCUUUCGCUAUCCUUCGAGGUAGUCGCUAUGGAUACUCUCGCAACAUCAAGCCAGUCAGAUGCACCGCCAAUGCAGAGGAGGGCACCUGUAUGUUUGCCUGGGACUGUAUGAAGGCUAAAGGAUCGCACCUGGGCACGUGUAUGGACAGCUUCUACUUCGGGUCAUGCUGCAAGCUGCCCAAAGGUACUAACAUCACUGAGCUGCCCAGCGACGUCUCCAACCAGAUCGACAGCUCGGAGGAAUCGGACACGACGCAAGGAGAACCAGAGGGUGAAGGGAGUGACGCAGAACAUAGCGAAGUGAGCGAAGGAAACCCAGAGUCAACUUUACCUGAGGAAGCUGAAAAACCAAGGCCACAGAUCCCUGGUUUUGUUGACCCCACUAGUACUACUUCCCCGGUUGAUCUCGGCCCGAUAGAACCCACGAGUGAAGGAGCAGCAGGAGGACAAGACGGCAUGCAGGGGGAUGAGACAGUAGGAGAACACACAGACAGUAUAGAAGAUGGCGUACAAGGGACAGUAGGAGGACAACAAGAAGACGGAGAAGGACAAGAAGAUGGUGUACAAAUGAUGACGGGAGGACAAGCAGGCAGUGCAGAGGGUGGAGAGGGAGGACAAGUUGAUAGUACAGAAGAUGGUGUAGAAGGGACAACAGAAGGACAGACCGACAGUGCAGAGGGGGCAGCAGAAGAACAAGGAACAGCGGGAGGACAAACAGGCAGUGCUGAGGAUGGAGCGGGAGGACAACAGACAGUAGGAGAGCAAACAGACAGUACUGAGGAGGGAGCGGGAGGACAACAGGCAACAGGACAAACAGACAGUACUGAGGAGGGAACAGGAGGACAACAGACAACAGGACAAACAGACAGUACAGAGGAGGGAGCGGGAGGACAACAGACAGCAGGAGAAGCAGACAGUACAGAGGAUGGUGUACAAGGGACAAUAGGAGGACAAGAAGCAGCGGGAGGACAAGACGCAGCGGCAGGACAAGACGCAGCGGCAGGACAAGACGCAGCGGCAGGACAAGAAGCAGCGGGAGGACAAGACGCAGCGGCAGGACAAGAAGCAGCGGGAGGACAAGACGCAGCAGUAGGACAAGACCCAGCGGGAGGACAAGACGCAGCGGGAGGACAAGACGCAGCGGGAGGACAAGACGCAGCGGUAGGACAAGACCCAGCGGGAGGACAAGACGCAGCGGGAGGACAAGACGCAGCGGGAGGACAAGACGCAGCGGCAGAACAAGACACAGCGGGAGGACAAGACGCAGCGGCAGGACAAGACGCAGCGGUAGGACAAGACCCAGCGGGAGGACAAGACGCAGCGGCAGGACAAGACGCAGCGGUAGGACAAGACGCAGCGGGAGGACAAGACGCAGCGGCAGGACAAGACGCAGCGGUAGGACAAGACCCAGCGGGAGGACAAGACCCAGCGGGAGGACAAGACGCAGCGGGAGGACAAGAGACAGUAGGAGAAGAACACACAGCAGGAGAGCAAGGGACAACAGAGGGAGAAGAGUCGUCCACGGUAGGAUCUCUCGCUCCCACUUCUGACGGAGAGGCAGAGGGGGAGACCCCGACGCAAGGCACUGAGGAGGACCCGGUGGAGGGUACAGAGGUGAGCGUGGCGGUGGACCCCUCCCCCUCCUCAGGCCCUCUGGAUCCCACCACUCCCUCCGCAGGCCAAGAUGGAGGAAGCGCUGAAGGAGAGGCAGGAGGAGUAACUAUAAGCGAUGAUGAAGGCGUUGAAACAGUGACCGAGACUUCAACAGUUACUGAAGGUGUUGAAGGGGUAGACGGGGGAAUCACUGGAGAAGGUGAGGAAGGUAGUGAAGAUGGUGGCGAAGGUACUGAAAGUGUGGCGAGUACUGCUGUGACCCAAGAACCACAAGUUCCCUCUGGUGGCGAGGAGGACACCACCGAAGUACCAACCUCGGAGAAAACUGACGUAGGCGCAGCAGGUGGAUCGACUCCUGUUGACAUCGCUUCCCCGACCCCUGUGGGAGCUCCAGGCACUGAGGCACCUCAAGAGGACACCACGACAAUACCCUUGGCCCAAACAACCAUAUCUGAAGAAGGACGCCCUGAAGGAAGCAUCCAUGAGGAAGGCGUGGAUUCCUUGACCACUCUCCGUUUACCAGAAGGCCACCACACCACCACCAUGUACUCAGACUCUCCCGCCACCACACCCAGUCCCGCGACUGGUGAAGUGGAGACGACCCCUUCAGUAGUCACUCAAGAAACGACCCUUCCGAGUAUCCUUCCUACGACCCUCAUCCCCGUCGCCUCAUCAUCCGAGGACACAAGUUCGUCCAGUGAGUCCACGGCGACGACUUCGAGUCCAGAGACCACCACGAUCUCCUCAACGUCCUCGGAAACGACCACAAGAUUCGCUCCGAUCGUCUUCCCCGGACCAACCGCCGGCACGGAGCAGCCCACAGAGGGACCUUUAUUUACGACCUUUAGACCAUUAGUCGUACGGCCGAUAACGAAGCCCACAUCCACUACACUGAAGCCCCAACCCACCACACCGAAGCCAAUAGCCACUACACUGAAGCCACAGCCAGACAGCUCCGAGGAAGUAACGCCAAGUCCGAGCGUACCUUCAACCUCUCAAAAACCGGAUUCUUCUUCAGAGGUGGGUGGAAGCGGCAGUGGUGAGGCAGAGGAGGGGAUACAGGAACAAGUGGACCAGUUACUGGAGAUGCUCAAGAAUGCAGACGCUAAGGACAUCUGUGGUAGGCCGGUCUAUCCUAUGCGCAGGAUCGUCGGAGGUGAGAAAGCCUUCUUUGGGGAGUUCCCGUGGCAGGUAUCCCUGAGGCAGUGGAGGCACGUCACCUUCCUGCACAAGUGUGGUGCGGCGCUGAUCAACAGGAACUGGGUCAUCACUGCUGCCCAUUGCGUUGAGAACGUACAACCAGAGGAGCUUCUUAUUCGCCUCGGGGAGUAUGACCUCGAGAAAUCGGAUGAACCGUAUCCGUUCCAGGAGAGGAGCAUUCAGAUUAUCGCCUCGCAUCCCCAGUUUGAGCCCCGGACCUUCGAAUACGACUUGGCCCUCCUCAGGUUCGAGAAGCCCAUUGAAUACAUGCCAAACAUCAUCCCUGUCUGCAUCCCUCAAGACGACUACUCCUUCCUCAACGAAACUGGCUACGUCACGGGAUGGGGCCGACUGUAUGAAGACGGCCCCCUCCCCUCUGUGCUGCAGAAGGUGACAGCGCCCGUCAUUGCCAACCGGGACUGUGAGCAAAUGUACAGGUUGGCAGGUUACGUGGAGCACAUCCCCAACAUCUUUAUCUGUGCGGGCUACGGAGAGGGCGGCAAGGACUCCUGUGAGGGUGACUCCGGUGGCCCCUUGGUGAUCGAGAGGAACGACAAGUGGGAUCUGGCGGGGGUCAUCUCCUGGGGUAUAGGAUGCGCCCUCCCCAACCAGCCAGGAGUCUACACCCGGAUAUCAGAAUUCAGGUCAUGGAUUGAAAAAAUUAUCGUGUUCUAGUUAAUGUGACUGACUGACGUAUUACCUUUGGAUUGACUGGUUGAUUGGUUGACUGGUUGAUUUGGUUGAUUGGUUCCCGAGUGCGCUUAAUAUUGAUUUAUUUAAUAUGAUUUUUGUUUGCAAGUAUUGUUUGUGUUUCUUUCUUUUUUCUUUUUUUUUUUUUUUGGUGGUGUGAUGCAAUGUUGUGAUGAUCUUGGUGUUGAUUUGUUUAACUGUCUAUCUAUUCACCUAUUUAUUUAUUUAUUUAUCUAUUUAUUUAUCUACAGUAUUCGUCCCCUUGUCUUAUAUAAAGUUUCGAUACUCUCUCUCUCUCUCUCUCUCUCUCUCUCUCUCUCUCUCUCUCUCUCUCUCUCUCUCUCUCUCUCUCUCUCUCUCUCUCUCUCUCUCGUUGUUAGCCAAGAUGAUGGGUCCUAAUAUGUUAGUUGUUGUUGUUUCUUGUUGUUAUUGUUAAUAUAUUCUCGUUUAUUUAUUAUAACUCUCUCACUGGUGAUAUAUACGACGUGCGUGUACGUGCGCGCGUGCGUGUGUCAUUGAUUAGUAAGAUACGAAUAUAAUUUUAGCGACCAGUAUGAAAUCACUGACGGAGUUUUAGUGAUAAAAAUAGAUAAAAAAAAAAAUAACCUUCCACUACUCGUACAUUCUUAUCACGAGGCUGAAAAAAAAUAACAGUGAACUUAGUAUCAAAUAAAUAUCCCAUGAAAGAUGAAUAUAUAUUAGGAAUUCACUGGAAAAAUAGACCUAAGAUGAAAAAAAAACAAAAACUAUCAUGACUUUUUUUCUGAAGGUGUAAAAGUGAGCUGUGUUUUAUGAGGAUCGAGUCCCACGUGUGGCUCUCCUUGUAGGUCUCGAUCCUCCUUUGUCUCCAGGGAAGGGUGUUCAAUCCCUUAUAACACUGGCAUUAGAUCGCAUGUUUCGUAAGAGGCCGCGAGUCUGUGUGUAUGUGUGUGUGUGUGUGUGUGUGUGUGUGUGUGUGUGUGUGUGCGUGUGGCGUCAUUCUUGUCAUCGCUUUUUCUCUAUUAUCAUUUGUUCAUUUUCAUCACAAUAAACGGGAGAAAAUAUUUUA